AUGGCGUUACAAGAAGAAAAGAAGUCACAAAGUUUCACAGUAAAUGACUUUGCGAAACGUGGUUUUCGUCUACCGUGUGGGGCCCCCUUCAGCGUGAACCGAUAUUUACAUUUUGAUAGUGAAUAUCGACGGUUUCUCCUGUCCAUGAACAAAAUUGAAGUAACUUUCUUCAACGGCAAAUCCUUCCAAGUGCUAUACAACUUCGAUGGCACAAGAACGGAGGAAGAUCGCCUGCUUAUCAACUGGGAUACCCUAACACCUCUAUUCGGAGGAGUGGCCCCAUCGGGUUAUAGAAGUUUCGUCAGACUGUCGAAGAUAGCGAAGUUCGUUGAAAGGCGCAUCCAUCUAGACCAGUGCGAGGUUGGCUUGCGUAACUCCUGUUUCUGUGGAAGAACACCGCCAGAUGACCUGGAUAAUUUUUGGGACUCAUGCAGUGUUCAACACUUCCAUCAUUUUUGUUCACUGCACGUCCGCUCGUGGUUGUAUCUGUAUCUGCAUCCGAAUAUUUUAUGUCAAGAAUCAAAAGAACUGUUCUACGAGACCGUCUGGCUAAGACACUCGAACAAUCUAGAUGUCUUGGCGUAUUAUUCAAUGGGGCCCUGUGAAGAUACGGAGAUUUUACUUGAUGCGGCACGCUCCCUGGGUCAUUCCAGCCCUUGCACAAGAAAUGGGGUGAACAGUUUGUGA